AUGGGCGACUUCGAAUAUCAAAGAGCCGUUGUCUUAGGCCUCGGCGCCUGGGUAGUCCUGUGGGUCAUCGAAGGCAUACGCCGAGUCUACUUCCAUCCUUUGUCGAAGUUCCCAGGGCCCAAGUUCGCAGCGUUGACGCUAUGGAACGAGUUCUAUUGGGACGUGGUCAAGCGCGGUCAAUUCAUCUGGAAGAUUGACGAGAUGCACCGGCGUUAUGGCCCGAUUGUCCGUAUCAACCCGCAUGAACUCCACAUCAAUGACCCAGACUUCUUCGACGAGCUUUACGCCGGCGGUAAGCGUGACAAGUACCAAUGGUGGGUAAACGUCGCCGGCGCGCCUGGCUCUGGCUUCGCUACCGUAGGCCACGACCUGCAUCGUCUGCGCCGGGGCGCGCUGAGCCCUUUCUUCUCCAAGCGGUCCGUCACGCAGCUGGAGCCGGUCAUUAAGCAGAAAAUCGAGAAGCUGUCGAAGCGGUUUGAAACGGCAAGCAAGACCGGAGAAGUUAUAAGGCUCGACGCGGCAUUCAUGGCGCUGACGAUGGAUGUCAUCUGCGACUAUUCUUUUGCGAAUGACCGGAAGUACCUGGACGAGGACGAUUUCAAACUUGAGUGGAAAGAGACGAUCAUGGGCGCAUUCUCAGCCGGAGCGCUGACAAGGCAGUUUCCGUGGCUCGAGGAACUCUUGAAAAGCCUGCCCAGGCCCUUCGUCAAGGCAGUGAACAAGAAUGUGCACUUCUUCUUUCAAUGGAGGGAUGGCGUAGAGGCACAGGUUGUAGAAAUUUUGGAGCACAGAGAAACAAAAACGACGCUCUCUACCCGGACGAUCUUUCAUACGCUGAGGGACGGUGACUUGCCGCCACAAGAGAAGACGCUGGAGAGAUUGUGUGACGAAGGCGAGAUCCUGACGGGUGCGGGGAGCGAGACUACCGCUUCGGCCCUGUCGAAGAUAUGGUUCUAUCUCUGCGAGAAUCCGGAUAAGUUGAGGAAGUUGAGGGAGGAGGUGGUGCGCGCCAUGCCCGACCCUGAUGUGCUGCCGCCGUGGUCUACGCUCGAACAGUUGCCAUAUAUAUCCGCGGUGAUCUCGGAAGGCUUGCGGCUCGCCUACAGUGCGACCACGCGGCUCCCUCGCAUAGCCCAUGAAGAUUUGAGAUACAAGGACUGGACCAUUCCUGCUGGAACGCCAGUAUCCGAAACGAUCACUCUAAUCUUCCUAAAUCCCACCGUCUUUCCAAAUCCAGAGAGCUUCGAACCUGAACGAUGGCUUGCGCGUGCAGCGGACGGUACACAGCGUCUCCACAAAUACUUCGUCCCCUUCGGUAGAGGGAGCAGACAAUGUCUCGGCAUGAAUCUUGCGUAUGCGGAACUGUACCUUACAGUCACCAUGAUUGUUCGCCGGUUCGACUUUGAAUUGUUCGAAACGAGUAUCAAAGACGUGAGGAUAGUGCAUGACUUCUUCGUCGCUGCGCCGGACCGGUCAUCGAAGGGCAUCAGAGCAAGGGUGAAAGAGUUGGCUGUGGAGAAGGAUUGA